CUCGCUAAACAAACAAAAACAAAAUGUGGGGGUGAAUUAUUUCAAGGUGAUGCAUGUCCUUUUCAUAGCCAUUACUCCCUCUCUUUCCCCAUAAAUGUUUCCAUGUCCUAUGUCUGAUAGAAUCUGCCAUUAAUGGUUUUUCCUUUUCAUCUUCACUGCCCUCUCUUUGUUUUGUUUUGUUUUUUUUUCAAUUUCAUUUUUUUUCCAGUUCUAUGCAACUAAUAAAAGAAACACCUCAAAAGAAGGAACCCCCCACCCUCAUUUACUCUCUUCACUGUUGUUUUUUGUCAUUAUUUUUCUGUCUCAAUGAUGAUUUUUCAAGGUUCAGGUUUCUUUAAUGUUUAUGAUGUAUUCGUCAACCAUCAAUAGUUUCACUGUUGUUUUUUUAGCAACAGAAGCCAGCUUGAAACUCACUGAUGAUGGCAUCGCAUCCCCACUUCAUAUCGUAUUUAUUUCUUUGAUAAUCACUUUCGAUUUGCCUAGAUAAGAUCAAAACUCGCAUUUAAAGCAGAUCUCUCUUUCUCUCUCUCUUGUUCAAUUUCUUUAUAUGAUUUAACUUCACAACACACUUGUCACUCAAAAAUCACAAAAACUCAGCGAACUCAGUGAAGUUACUUUAAAAAAAAAAAAUCAUGCCUAUGUUUUAUUAUGUUGAAUUUAGUGUGUAGUGUGAAGGUGAUUAUGGCUUGAAAACAGUAUUCAUAAAAGGAACAAAAAAAAAAAAAAAGAUGGGGAGGACACCAUGUUGUGACAAGAAGGGGUUAAAGAAAGGGCCAUGGGCACCUGAAGAAGAUGAGAUCCUUACAAAUUACAUCAAGAAACAUGGCCAUGGAAGCUGGCGAUCGCUUCCUAAACUUGCAGGUCUUCUUCGGUGCGGCAAGAGUUGCAGGCUUCGAUGGACGAACUAUUUAAGACCAGACAUAAAACGGGGUCCCUUUACCCUUGAAGAGGAGAAGCUUGUCAUUCAGCUUCAUGCCAUUCUUGGAAAUAGGUGGGCGGCCAUUGCUGCUCAGUUACCGAGAAGAACGGAUAAUGAGAUUAAGAACCUAUGGAACACUCACCUCAAGAAACGACUGCUUUGUAUGGGUCUCGAUCCACAAACUCACAAGCCCUUUACCCCUUGCGGCGGUCCAACCGUAGCUGCCCCGACGUCUCCCGCCACUCGCCACAUGGCUCAAUGGGAGAGCGCUAGGCUCGAAGCGGAGGCUCGCCUUUCUAAGGAGUCAUUGCAAACAAAUUCGACACCAAUUGCAAAACCGGACUCUGAUCAUUUUCUACGGUUAUGGAAUUCGGAAGUCGGUGAAUCGUUCCGGAAGAUAAAUACGGAAUAUAAAACUGUGUAUCCUUGUCCAAGCCCAAUAUCGCAGACAUCUUCAUCAACAAAAUGUGGAUCGGUUUCGGCCGUCACGAUGGAUGUUUGCCCCAACAUAGCAGGGUCAUUGAACCCUGCAAGCAAUCCAAUCGAGGAAACAGAGUGCAAGAGCUUCAUCAAGUCUUGCAUUGAGGAACCAUCGGAUUCGUCGUGUUCGAGCGAGUCCGAAGAUUCAUCCGACACUGCACUGCAAUUGCUGUUGGAUUUCCCCAUUAACAAUGACAUGAGUUUCUUGGAAAAUUGUUGAUAGUGAAGGCAUGAUAUGAUUGAUAGAAUGUUUGCCUGAAUUUUGGUUUGGCUUAUAGUGCCAAAGGUAGGUUAUUGCCUAGUGGCUCAACUUUUUUGGUAUGCUAGGUGAUUAAACCAUUGAAGACAGUUUAUUAAUAUUAUAUAUGGUAGUAGUAAAUAUGAAUAUUAUUAUGAAAGCCAAAUGAUGCUUUUUUCCUUAA